AUGAAUGCAGUUGUGUCUGCUAGUAAACUUUAUUAUGCAGUAGUUCGUGAGAAUUUUGGCGAAGUUAUAGAAUUACUAGGAAGAGGUGCAUCAGUUAAUUAUAAAUACGGUUAUGAUAAUCAAAUGGAUAAUCAUAACAUUGCUUAUACCAAUGUCGACUGUAUAAUGUAUCACUGUUACACCAAAACCAUUGCACCCAAAAUAUUUAACUAUAAACAAGCAUUACAGGACCUUGAUUUAGAACAAUACCUAAACAAACCUCCGACAUGUGACUGUUCCCACUCGCCUUACAAUUACAGCCCCUCUGGCCAUGUUAUUAUUGGGGAUCUAAACAUAAUUCAACAUGAACAUCUCCGAAAGAGAGCUACUCCUCUUCAUCAAGCAGCUGUAAGGGGAAAUGUCGAAGUCGCAGAUUUGUUGAUCAGAAACAGCGCUGAUGUUAAUGCUUUUGACCAAAAUAGAGCUACUCCUCUUCAUCAAGCAGCUGAAAGGGGAAAUGUCGAAGUUGCAGAUUUGUUAAUCAGAAACAGCGCUGAUGUUAAUGCUUUUGACCAAAAUGGAGAUACUCCUCUCCAUGAAACAGCUACUGUCGAAGUCGCAGAUCUGUUGACCAGAAACAGCGCUGAUGUUAAUGCUAUUGACAAUAAUAGAGCUACUCCUCUUCAUCAAGCAGCUAAAAGGGUAAAUGUCGAAGUCGCAGAUUUGUUGAUCAGAAACAGCGCUGAUGUUAAUGCUUUUGACCAAAAUGGUUUUACCCCUCUUCAUAGUGCAGCAAAUAGAGGAAGUGUCGAAGUCACAGAUCUAUUGAUCAGAAACAAAGCUGAUGUUAAUGCUCCUGACAAUGAUGGAGCUACCCCUCUUCAUAAUGCUGCAAAAGGAGGGCAUGUCGAAGUCUCAGAUCUAUUGAUCAGAAACAAAGCUGGUGUUAAUACUUCUGACAAUGAUAUUACAGUGAAAUACUUCUCUUCACAAAGCAGAGUAAAGUUUGAACAUCGAAGUCACAUGCAAGUUUAUCGAUCAGAAACACAGCUGAUGACAUCAUAA